AUGGAAGCACUCAAACAGUCAAACCCGGGAAUCGUUGUUGUAUGGAAACACAAAGCUCUGGUAGACGAUGUUUAUUACAGCAACAUGGAAGUGUUUGAACGAGUAUUUUGGACCUUCGGCCCUUGUGUUGAAGGUUUUAAACAUUGUAUGUCUGUCAUCUGUAUCGAUGGGACGCAUUUGUACGGGAAAUUUAAAGGAACAUUGUUGGUUGCUACAGGUGUGGAUGCAAACUUCCAAGUAUUUCCGCUUGCAUUUGCGUUAGUCGAAGGGGAAAACAUUUCCAGCUGGUCUUGGUUUCUGGGCUGCAUUCGGGUUCAUGUCACUCAACGGGAUGGCCUCUGUGUUAUAUCUGAUCGACAUGCUGGGAUCAUUGCAGUAAUGAAUGACCCUAACGUUGGAUUCACCGAGCCGCGAGCCUAUCACAGGUUUUAUGUUCGGCACUUGGCUUCUAACUUGAAGACUCACGUGCGAAGAAACGACAUGAGAGAUAUGUUCAAGGUUGCUGCGUACCAAAGGCAGGAAAGAAAACUGGUAGCUGAUAUGAGUUUGAUCGGUCAGGCGUGUACCAAGGCCAUACAAUAUAUUGUCCAAGUGCCCUUGCCUAUGUGGUCUUUGUUUCACGAUGUUGGUCGCAGAUAUGGGAUAUGUACUACGAACUUCUCAGAAACAUUUAACAAUGUGUUGAAGGGUGCUCGAUUUCUACCUAUCAUGUCCCUUGUGGAAUUUACAUUCCACAGAGUCAAUAAGUAUUUCACUGAUAGAAGGGAAUUAUCUCAGACUAGAUCUGAACAGGGACUUGCAUACUCCCCCAAAGUCACAUCCAUUAUGGAGAAAAACAUUGCAAAGGCUAGAUAUCACAAAGUGGAAGCGUAUAACCGUCGACUGCAUAUAUAUCAAGUUGAAACAAAGAGGGGAGAUAGAAUUGGUAGAAAAGGAGGCCAUAGACAUACUGUUAACUUUCAGUUAAGAACGUGCACAUGCAAUAAACCACGGAUCUUCCACCUCCCAUGUUCUCAUGUUCUAGCAGUUUGUGUGAAGUAUUCGAUAUCAGAGCGGCCAUGGGUGGACCGGGUACUGCAAUCAGAGGCCUACGCAAACACAUACGCUCCCCAAUUCAGCCAGGACCGGACGAUAUUAGGGGCGACGGAUUGA